UGCGCCUUCAGUAUGGCCGUUCCAUGGCGGCGAGCACAGGCUACGUGCGGCUGUGGGCCGCUGCGCGGUGCUGGGCUCUGCGGCGGCCACUGCUGGCCGUCACUGGAGGCCGCGUCCCGAGUGCGUCCGGAUCGUGGUUGCGCCGAGGCCGGCGGGUCUGCGACACAUCGGCUCCCUGGGCGCUCGGCGGCCGCGUCCCCGCGGGCGCGGGUCAGUGGCGGGGGCUGUGGGACGCGGGUGGCCGCGGCGGCGGCGGCAGCGGCAGCGACGAGACCUCCGAGGGCGGCUCGGAGGACGGGGCCGCGGCGGGCGGCGGGGACGGCCCGGUCGUCACGGCCCUCGCGCCCAUGACCGUCCCGGAUGUGUUUCCGCACCUGCCGCUCAUCGCCAUCACCCGCAACCCGGUAUUCCCGCGCUUUAUCAAGAUCGUGGAGGUUAAAAAUAAGAAGCUGGUUGAGCUCCUGAGGAGGAAAGUCCGCCUGGCGCAGCCCUAUGUUGGUGUCUUCCUGAAGAGAGAUGACAACAAUGAGUCGGAUGUGGUAGAGAGCCUGGAUGAAAUCUACCACACUGGAACUUUCGCUCAGAUCCAUGAGAUGCAGGACCUUGGAGACAAGCUACGCAUGAUCGUCACAGGCCACAGAAGGAUUCACAUCAGCCGGCAGCUGGAGGUGGAGCCCGAGGGGCCAGAGCCAGAGUCCGAGAACAAGCAGAAGUCCCGGAGGAAGCUGAAGCGAGGCAAGAAGGAGGCCGAGGAUGAGUCAGCAGCCAAGCCCCAGCAGCUGGAGCUGCUGCCUGAGGCCUCUACCGACACCCCCAAAGAGGUGCUCAUGGUGGAGGUUGAGAACGUGGCCCAUGAAGACUUCCAGGUCACAGAGGAGGUGAAGGCCCUGACUGCAGAGAUUGUGAAGACCAUUCGGGAUAUCAUCGCCCUGAACCCUCUGUACAGGGAGUCAGUGUUGCAGAUGAUGCAGGCAGGCCAGCGUGUGGUGGACAACCCCAUCUACCUAAGCGACAUGGGUGCUGCGCUUACAGGGGCAGAGUCCCAUGAGCUGCAGGAUGUUCUGGAGGAGACCAAUAUCCUUAAGCGGCUCUACAAAGCCCUGUCACUCUUGAAGAAGGAGUUUGAGUUGAGCAAGCUUCAGCAACGCCUAGGCCGAGAGGUGGAGGAGAAGAUCAAGCAGACACACAGGAAGUACCUGCUGCAGGAGCAGCUGAAGAUCAUCAAGAAGGAACUGGGGCUGGAGAAGGAUGACAAAGACGCUAUCGAGGAGAAGUUCCGGGAGCGCCUCAAGGAGCUCAUGGUCCCCAAGCAUGUAAUGGACGUGGUAGAUGAGGAGCUGAGCAAGCUAGCCCUGCUGGACAACCACUCCUCUGAGUUCAAUGUCACCCGCAACUACCUGGACUGGCUGACAUCCAUCCCCUGGGGCCGGCAGAGUGAUGAGAACCUUGACCUGGGUCGGGCCCAGGCUGUGCUGGAGGAGGACCACUACGGCAUGGAGGACGUGAAGAAGCGCGUCCUGGAGUUCAUCGCUGUGAGCCAGCUCCGAGGCUCCACCCAGGGCAAGAUCCUAUGCUUCCAUGGGCCACCGGGUGUGGGCAAGACCAGCAUCGCACGCUCCAUCGCCCGUGCCCUCGGCCGUGAAUACUUCCGUUUCAGUGUUGGUGGUAUGACAGAUGUGGCUGAAAUCAAGGGGCACAGGCGCACCUACGUUGGGGCCAUGCCUGGGAAAAUCAUCCAGUGUUUGAAGAAGACCAAGACAGAGAACCCGCUGGUGCUGAUUGAUGAGGUGGACAAGAUUGGCCGAGGCUACCAAGGGGACCCAUCGUCAGCACUGCUGGAGUUGCUGGACCCUGAGCAGAACGCCAACUUCCUGGACCACUACCUGGAUGUGCCCGUGGACCUGUCCAAGGUGCUGUUCAUCUGCACAGCCAAUGUCACUGACACCAUCCCAGAGCCGCUGAGGGACCGCAUGGAGAUGAUCAAUGUGUCAGGCUAUGUAGCACAGGAGAAGCUGGCCAUCGCAGAGCGGUACCUGGUGCCACAGGCCCGCGCCUUGUGCGGCCUGGACGAGAAUAAGGCCCAGCUGUCUGCUGCGGUGCUCACUCUGCUCAUCAAGCAGUACUGCAGGGAGAGUGGUGUUCGCAAUCUGCAGAAGCAGGUGGAGAAGGUGCUGCGCAAAGCAGCCUACAAGAUAGUCAGUGGGGAGGCGGAGACGGUGCAGGUGACGCCAGAGAACCUGCAGGACUUCGUGGGGAAACCCGUGUUCACCGUGGAGCGCAUGUACGACAUCACACCUGCUGGUGUGGUCAUGGGCUUGGCCUGGACUGCCAUGGGAGGCUCCACUCUGUUCGUGGAGACGUCUUUGAGGAGGCCUUUGCUCAGGGGCAGCAGGGAGGACAAGGAUGGCAGCUUAGAGGUGACAGGGCAGCUGGGGGAUGUGAUGAAGGAGAGUGCCCGCAUCGCCUACACGUUUGCCCGUGCCUUCCUGAUGGAGCAGGACCCGGACAAUGACUUCCUGGUCACCUCUCACAUCCACCUGCAUGUGCCUGAGGGUGCUACCCCUAAGGAUGGCCCCAGCGCGGGCUGCACCAUCGUGACAGCGCUCCUGUCCCUAGCCCUGGGUCAGCCUGUGCUGCAGAACCUGGCCAUGACGGGGGAGGUCUCCCUCACCGGCAAAGUGUUGCCUGUGGGCGGCAUCAAGGAGAAAACAAUCGCGGCCAAGCGCGCAGGUGUGACCUGCAUCGUCCUGCCGGCCGAGAACAGGAAGGACUUUUCGGACUUGGCCCCAUUCAUCACGGAGGGCCUGGAGGUGCACUUCGUGGAGCACUACCGUGACAUCUUCCGCAUCGCCUUUCCGCUGCGCGAGCAGCACCAGGCGCGGGCCGUGGAGCGGUGACCCGGGGACUGAGUUUGUAAUCAUGGGGUGGCGGAGCCACGAGCAGAGCUGUAGAAUCAUGAAUAAAGAGCCUAUUUCCAGA